GGUGAGCUGUUCUAUUUCGAACUCGUGUUUCAAGUUACGACAAGGACAAAGUCUUUCAGAUUCGCCGAGUGUCGCCGGUAUUAAGUAGCUAGGUGUGUCACUAACAAGGGUGGAGCGCUAUCAUACAUAGAUCCAAUCGUGAUGGUUCUUCGUGCUCGAUUUUCGUUCGAGAAUUUGUCAAGACAACCAGCGGGGGAGAGGAUCUUCUGAGAGGCUUGUUAUUGUUCGUUCAGGAAGAGGACACGCAGAGCACGAACUUGUUGAAGUUGGAUCAGACAGGAAUCUACAGAAAGCCGGUAAGUAGUUGUCCUUGUACUUCUUACAAGGAACAAGACGCACAAAAAAUGAACCACCCCCGAUUUCAUAGUAUGCGGGAGGACGGGAACCGUUCGGCUUCGCAGCAACGAACGACCUCGAGCUCCUCCCAAGGUCGAUUUUCACGGAGUAAUAGCAUGACCGUGCUGACCAGGCCGGAGGCAGACCCACGGAACUGGUUUCUCUCGAGCCAGCGGAAGGAGUACAACCUCACGGGAAAGACAAGAAAGGAAAGGGAACAGUUCCAGAGUAUACCGGCGGUGCCGACCAACAAUUUUACACCCGAAAGCACAUGUACUAAAAUGUCAAUGUCGACCUUGAUGUUGAAUUUUUGGGUUGACUGGUCGCGCUCAACAUCGUCCAGUUUGCUUUUGGGUUUUAGUCGGAGCAGCUUCACUUUGGUGUGCUGGGAGAGAAUUUUCUACCCUCGCAUUGGGAGUAGAGCGCACUUGCUUCAUAAACAUGCAAAAUCUUUUUAUCACAGAUGGCGUGGACCCACAAGCGAAGGUGAAGAGCCAACUUUCCGGCCUCGAUGCGUGUUUCAAUGAUACGGUGCGACACAUAAACGACUUUUACUUCCGCCCUUACGUCCGUCAAGAUUUCACGCGGAGCGCACUGGUAGGAAGUCUUGCUUUUCAUUAAGCAGAGCCUUUCUACUAUGACAAAAAAAAAUAAUUUCCAGUGGCACUUGAAGGCAACAUCCAUGCUUGAAUCGACUUGUAGGAAGAAAGUCUUAGAAGGAGGACCUCGAAUAAAUAAAUGAAUCUUUCAGGUGCAGAGCCACGAACCCCAGCGGCAGCGGGAAUACAUGCCAACAGCGGGCACGAAGUCCCAUUAUCCGCGAAGAUGAGUCAAGUCUAUCAAGUUUUUGCUGGCAUGCAAGAUUUUCUACUACCAUCCAGGUUUGAACUUCAGAUCCAUGUACAAUUGCCCAGGUAAAGUGUUAAUCUUUGAAUGGCCAAACCGAAUGUAAGAAUGUUGUUGCGUGGAGGUCCAAUGAGCAUCUUGGCGUCCCGAAAGAGGAAAGAGGGCAAUCAUGUCCUGGUUUGCACCAUAGAAGGGCAACAGCGAACUUGUUCGAGCGACCACCUAGACUAGAGAAAAAGAGCCACACGAAGACGGCCCACUAAGGCAAGCGAACAAUCAAAUCCGCAUCGUGAUGCUGUAUACAUAAUAGCACUGCGUGCAGCCCUGAAGUUGUCGAUCUGUAUC